AUGGGUGAAGGUGAUCGACUAACUGAAGAACUGCGGGAUAUGCUUCAGGCACUGGAGGAGAUCUACAAGCAGACGGAAAUGAGCAGCCUUUUCGUCGCAAUCACAUCUUCCAGGGUGGAACAGACCGGGGAGACAGUGGCCGACAAAGGAGACUCCCAGGGUGACAGUGCCGCGGGGGAAAUGGCGACUUCGACCGGUGCAGAAGCCGUACUGUCGGGGAGCACAGUCUCUGUCACACAUUCGCAGGACGCUAUAGAUGACAUUUCCAACGGCGUCGCGCUUCCUGAAGCGUUGAACCAGUUUUUUCAAAAACAUCCCGAGGUCAAAAGCCAUGUCCGCAGCUUGAAUGGGGAUAGGGAUCGAGACGGUGUCUUUGUUAUCCUGCGUGCGCUGCUGCUGCAGCAAUCGUUCGAACCACAACUCGAGAAGUGGUUGGAGGGAGAUGGAGACCGUUGGACGAAGCUGAAGUCCGGCUUCAAAAGGUUGUUUGCUCGCAUGCGUACAUAG